UCCGGGCCCGCGUGCAGCCUCGGCUGGGGUUUUUAAGAGUUUCCGUUGCCCGGCGACAGCCGCUUGUUGUUGAGCCCGGGGCUGCUACACCGGUUUUUCCUGAGUUCGCGCCCUUCUCGACUUCGCACGCUUCUCGCCGCCUUCAGUCUCCCAGCUAACCCGGACUACCGUCCGCCGCUCCCCACCCCCAGCUUCGCCGCCUCUCACGGACGCACGCCCCAGCCCAGUGCCCGAGUGUGGCCGGCGAAAAAGUGUCUACAGAUCUCAGCAAUGAGAAACACAAGCAAGGACCUUACUCUACCCACCAGUCGCUAUGCCCCUUGUGAUUGGUAUUACCAUCUUCCAUUGAAAAGAUCUGAGAAGGCCUCAGAAAUUGCACUUCCUCCAACGUCCCAGAUUCCAGGCUUGAGUGAACUUGCAGAACCACAUAAUGAGAUUACAUUUGGCUCUCGAAGAAAUUGGAUAAAAGACACCGACUCAGAAUAUGUCAAACUUGCAAAACAAGGCGGCAGACCUGAUUUAUUGAAACAUUAUGCUGCUGGUUCAAGAAAAGGAUCUCCUGUUGCAUAUUCUAUGCCUGAAUGGUAUACUCAUCACAGUAAACCACCAACAGCUGAACAGAAAGAAAUACAUGUAUCUUCCAUGCCAGACUAUAUGGUUUAUGAAGAGUUUAACCCUGAUCAGGCCAAUGGUAACUAUGAAUCCAAAAGGGGGCCUUUUGAUUUUGAUAUGAAAACAGUUUGGCAGAGGGAAGCUGAGGAAGAAAAAGACAAAAAAAAGGUGAAACUGCCAGCAAUUAACUCAAGGUAUGCAAGCAGAGCAGGGUCUACUGCUGGUUCUAAAGAUAACAAUGCGAGGAAUAGGCUUUCAUUUCCUCCCAUGCCGAGUCACAAAUCCAAUGAACCAACAAACUUCACCAAACUAAUUAGCAAUGGCUAUAAGGAUGAGUGGUUACAUCGUGGAGACACAGGAAAAAAAUCUCCACCAAUAUCUAAAAUUUCAGAGGCAUCUGAGUCAUCUCUGACUACUCCAUUGCAUCAAGAUUCAGAGGCUCCAGAAAGUGCUGAGAAGCCUGAAGGUACACCAUUAUCUGAAUCUGGAGAAACACCAACAGAACUCAAAUGAAAUCUGUAGCUAAUAUUAUAAAUAUUUUUUAAAAUGCAAAAUGCAAUAACACUGUGAGCAACUAUAUUUAUAAAACCUUUAUUAUUACUUUAUAUUAAACUAGAUUUCUAAGAGAUUAUCCAUCUUGCAGUGAAAUUUUGCAUUCCUGCAGUAUAGAUCAUGUAUUUUUCUUACUUUAUUUCAUUUCUCUGGGUGGUAACAUAUGGUCAACAAAUUAAACUAAGACCUUUUUGUUACCUUUUCUUCUGCUGAGCUAGUGAUUUCCCCACAUCAUUGAUACCAAUUAUGUUUUUCCCCUGCAUAAUAUGAUACUACUAUUUGGUGGCAUUUAUGCUGAAAUAGACUGUUGAGAUUCUAAUAGCCUGUAGUAUUGAAAGUAAAAGGAUCUUAAUAAAACAAGGGUAUAAGAUGAUAUGCAAGUUCUACUUUGUACUUUAAUUCCUUUUAGAAACAAUUUUGUAUGUCUUUUGAAAGUUAUAUAUUCAGACUGUUUAAUAUAUUUAAUACUAGAAUAUUAUGCUAUUGGUUCAUGUUAAGUAAAAAAGGUUUUGUUAAUUGUAUCUGCCUUGAAAGUUAUUAAACAUUUAAUAUAAGAAUAUUAUAAUGUUCACUUAAGUUAAAAAGGCUUGUUAAUAUAUUUUCUAUAUAAUUGAAAAUGUAGAAUAUAAAAUAUUUAGUACCAGAAUGUUAGUUACUUUAAGCAAGAUUGUUUAAUUUUAAUAUUGGUGAAGUAAUUGGUAAGUCUUGAUAGAAAAAACAAUAAUCACGUUGUUAUCCCUCAUUUUAUGAAUUUUGUAUUAUGAAUUUCAUUUUAAGUAAAUUUAUAUUAGGAUGUGCUGAUAAUAAUUUGAAUUUGAUUCAGAAAUGAAUUUCUAGUUUUUCAUAUUAA